AUGUUGGAAACAAGUAAUAAUUCACAAAUUGAACGUAAUAUUCAUAAUGUUUUACGUAAAAAUUUUCUUGAACAACGAUCAAUAACAUGGAAACCAAUUAAAGUUGAAUUACUUGUUAAUACACAAUUAACAGAUGAGUUUUUCGCUGUGCGAAAAAAAUUUGAAAAAGUCGCUGCUGGUAAUCGUUGUGAGUUUGAAGAACGCUAUGCUUUUUUAAUAGAAAAUGAUGCACAAAUUCUUGAUAUAUGUCACAAUGGUUAUCAUUGCAUGGAAACUUCUUUCAAUGUUCUAGGACAUAGUAAAUAUGGUAUAUACGUUUGCAAAUAUGUCGAUGUAUGUAUUCGACAUGCAAGUGUUCGUCGAACAUGGGAAGGUAAUGUAGUAAUCAAAAUGAUUGUUUUCAAGAUUGUGGAAGGAAAACAAACAGCAGCUCUUGUGAGAAAAGGAUCAAAAUUACAACCAAUUGCACCAACACCUCAAUUUACAAGUCAUUGUUCAGUAAUUACACCAAAAGAAACUGAUGAUCUUGAAAAACAAUUUGAUCAAUCACAAAUAUUUCUUUAUGAGUUCGAAGGUCGAGAAACAAUCAAACGACCUCAUCAUUGUCUACCUUAUGCAAUUGUUAGUCUUAUUCAAGAUGGAAGCCAGUGGCCAACAAAUUUUGAUGAUCUAGAUACAGAACCAGAUAUAUUAGAAACAGAUACAUUACGAGUCAUUGCACAAACAGACGAUCCAUUAUUACAAAAUAAAUUAAAGGAAAAUGUUCAAUUAGCUGAAGCAGCUACACGUGCUCUUGAACAUAUUUAUGAAGAAGAACCACCACCAGCAUCAAUAGUAGAAUAUAUACAUUCACCAAAAACGAAUUCGGAAACAAUUUCUACAACAGCAAUAUCAGAUAAUACAUCUACUUCUAUUACUAAUGGAACAGAACUAUCAUCAUCAUCACCGACAGCAUCUAAUGGGAAUCGAUCGACAACAUCAUCACCAGCUACAGGAAUAUCGACAAAUAAUAACGAAGCUCCAUUGAAUUUUACAGCUCCACCGCCACCGCCACCUCCACCUUCAACAUCUUCGACAUCAACAAGUCCAAGUACUAUAGUACCGGCUACAGCUGUAGCUACUACUCUACCAUUAGCUCAUUCAGCUACAGCUAUUCAAGCUGCAUAUCGACAAACUAGUCUACUUGGUGCAAUGCCAUCUGCAGCGGCAAUGCGAGCAUCAUCAGGUGUUUUAUAUGCUACAUCAGGUGGUCUUGCUAAUGGUCUUACUGGGCAAGUAAUCUAUGGUGGUCUUUCAUUAGACGCUCUUCGUGGUUAUCAAACAGCAGCUACUACAACUCCAUUUGCAUUUGCUACGCAUGCUGGUCAAACAAUGCAACAGCCAGCACUUUAUGCUGCUCAAUUACAAGCCAUUGUUCAACAGCAACAAGCGGCUCAAUUAGCUGCAGCUACUGCUGCAACUCAACAACAGCAAAAUUUAUUUAAUGGCAUACCUGCUGGUUAUACAUUAGUACGUACAGCUGGUGGUGGUUAUGCUUUGCUUGCUCAAAGUCCACCAGCAACUACUGCAGCAAUGCAAUCACAAGCACAAUUUGCACAACAACAACAGCAACAACAACAAUAUAUUUCUUUUAAUGCAGCUGGUCAACCAACAGCAACUACAGCACGACUUCCAGUUUCUAUGGUUGGCGGCCAAUCACAAUCAAUCAUUUAUCAAUAUGCUGGACAACCAACAAUACAGGCAACUCCAACACAAUAUAUUCAACUACCAGCUAAUUAUGCACAACAACAAGGCUUAUCAGCGAAUGCUGUUAUGCAAACAACAAAUUCAGCUGCUGCACAAGCUUACAUAACUCAAGCACCAACUCAUUAUAUGAGUGCACCACACUCAGCUAAUACAAAUAAUGCAAAUGGUUCGUCAACAAAUUCGACUUCGGUUGUUUCAUCAUCAGGCGUCAUUCAAUCACAACCAACAUCAACCGUUAUUUCACCGCAAAAACAAAGUGCAGCAACAGCUACAGCUGCUGCUAUUCAACAACAGCAACAAUAUCAACAUGCAUAUCAUCCACAACAACAACCAUCUGCUAAUGGUGCUUCUGCAAAUAAUAUUUAUUAUGCUGCUAUGGCUCAAGCAUCAGCUCAGCAACAACAACAACAACAACAACUCAAUUUAAUGGCUCAGAUGCAAUAUGCUACUCAACAAGCUGUACCACAACAAAUGUAUUAUACAUCAACCGGUGCUCAAGCUAUUUAUCAAGCAGGUGGUCAAAGUUACGUUCUUGCACAAGCAGCUCCAACUCCAGGAUCAGUCACUACUACAGGUGCUCCAGUUAUGUAUUCAGCAGGUCCUACUUUACAUAAUGGUACAACUCAACAACAUCCAUCUCACUCUCAACAACAAAUAGCCUAUCAAAUUACUGCUGCUAGUGGACAACCGACGGCUGCUGCUUAUCAAAUGAUUAAACCAACAUCAAAUCCAAAUGUUUCUGCACAACAACAAUCAACAGGUGCUGCUGGUGUUGUUGCUCAACAACCUGCCCAACUUGUACAACGUUCAAAUGUAAUACCACAAGUCAGACAUCAUCCAUAUAGAAGUUAA